AGAAGGUGGGGUGCUGGGAGCCAGGACUCCUGGGUUCUCUCCCCAGCUAGGCGUGACCAGACCAGCCGCGCCCAUCGGCCUGUGGCGGGCAGGGAAGGGUUAACCCCGGGCAGGGAGCGAUACCUGCUGGGCCCCGCCCUGCCCGGUUCUCGGCGCACCUGACCGCGGCUUCCCUGCCCAGCGCCAGCCCGGGGCCUUUCUGGGUCCACCGGACCCCUCAUCCCCUCGGGAGCUGCCCCCCCACCCCGCCAUGGCCUCGGGGGGGCUGGGCAGGUGCCGCCUGGCGCUGGGCCUGGCGCUGCUGCUGGACGGGGCGGGCAUGGGGGCGCUGCUAACGGGCAUCUUCGCCCGGCUGCGGGUGCGGGGCCAGGACUUCGGGGACCUGCUGAUCUACUCGGGGGCGGUGCUGGUCUUCCUGAGCCUGCUGGGCUGGGUGCUCUGGUACACGGGCAACCUGGAGCUGGCGCCCGACGAGCUGGGGCGUGACUACGCCGCCAAGGGGGGCACCCUGGCCCGCCUCGCCCGCAAGCUCUCCCGUCGGUGGUCCCGGCGCCAGCCCGGCCCGCUGGCCCUGGGCCCCGUGCGGGGGAGCCAGGGGCCCCCGACCCGGGAGACGGUCUAGAGAUGCCUCUUGGGACAGAGCCCUGUGGGGGAUCCGUCCGGGACCAGCACCCCCCACCCCCUCACCGAUUCCGAGAGCACCCAUAGGGCUGCGAGACAGACGGACCGAACUAGCCCCAAGACGGAGGGACAGACCCAGCCCCCGCACUCGGGGCCGCGUCUAUCUGGGGACCCCUCGCCCGGCGCUGGGACGGCAGAGCUUGAGGCGGUGCUGGCUCCCCUGACAUGCUGGAGGGGCAUCUGUCCGGCUGUCUGUCCAUCGCAGGGAAGUUUCAUUUGUAUUUAAAACACUUUGUGUCUCAG